CUGAACUAGUCUGGCAUGAGGAAAAGCUUGGAGAGAGACACAAUCGCAGGAGAGACUGAAGAACUGAAGGUAGACUCACAGUGUCUUUUCCACUUGUGACUGGCGAAGUCUGAAGGUGACACAUACUCCCCAAGGGAGUCCAAUAUUACGUCCCACCGCACCCCAGGAAGAACAUGAUGGUUAUGUCCACUAGAGGGAGCUACAAAGCUACCCUUGCAUCUGCAGCGUUGAUGUGGUUUGUGACGGUCUGUGUUGGGGUCCCGGACCCCCGUCAGCGGGAUCUGAUAAUACGUCAGGAGGCCUCCAGGCAGACAGGGGGCAGAGUGGAGCUGACAGCGGCAGAGCGGAGGCUUGACUCUCACCUGCACAUGUUAAAAGAGCAAGAGAUGACAGCUGUGCCGUUCCUUCCUGCAAUGCACUUUUUCAAGGCACGGCCUUUCAUCCAAAAAAGCAAAAUUUUCAGCUUACUGCAAAAGAUGCCCAAAGGGGCAGCCCUUCACAUCCACAGCUUCUCCCUGGUCAGUGUUGAUUGGCUGGUGAAAAAUGUAACAUACAGACCCCAUUGCUAUAUCUGCUUUACCUGGGACACAUCUGUGCGCUUCCUUUUCUCCAAUGGACGGCCAUUUCCUCACUGGGACUGCUUCUCCUGGUAUCUGAUUGAGACCUUAAGAGCCAACAUGGAUGACCCAACAGGCUUUGACAACAGCUUGAUCAGGAACCUCACUCUGUUCACUGAAGAUCCAGAGAAAGCUUAUCCAAAUCAGGACAUAGUGUGGGAGAAGUUUGAGAAGGCAUUCCUGGCAGCUUCUGGCCUGGUCUCUUAUGCACCUGUGUUCAAAGACUACAUCUACAAGGGUCUGGAACUUCUCUAUGAGGAUAACAUCAUGUACUUGGAACUAAGGGCUGGUUUGUCAAGGACAUAUGAGCUUGAUGGAAGCACUAAUGAUAAAGCGUGGUCUCUCAGAGUGUAUGAAGAAGCAUCCCAACAAUUCAUGGCUUACCAUCCUGACUUUCUUGGAACCCGGAUCAUAAUUUCCGCUCACAGGACUCAGAGUGUGUAUGAUGUCAAAGCAGCUGUGAAAGAGGCCAUUCAGUUGCAGAAAACAUUUCCACAAGUUGUUGCAGGAUUUGACCUGGUUGGUAGGGAGGACAGUGGCAGGCCUCUGUGGUACUUCAGAGAGGCCCUGUCGCUCCCUGAACAGUUUGGAGUUGAACUGCCAUAUUUCUUCCAUGCAGGAGAGACAGAUAUGGAUGGUACUGAUGUGGAUGAAAACAUCCUGGAUGCCUUGUUGUUUAACACCACCCGUAUUGGACAUGGGUUUGCGAUGGCACACCACCCUCUUGCAAAAGAGCUUUCCAGGCAACAAAAUGUUCCAGUGGAGGUGUGUCCCAUCUCAAACCAAGUGCUGAGGCUGGUGUCAGACAUGAGGAACCACCCUGCUGCCAUGCUGAUGUCUGAGGGACAUCCCAUGGUGAUCAGCUCUGAUGACCCUUCUCUGUUCGGGACCACUGGCCUCUCCUAUGACUUCUAUGAAGCCUUUGUGGGGAUUGGUGGGAUAAGAGCGAACUUGGGCACCCUCAAGGAGUUAGCAAUCAACUCCAUCAGGUACAGCUCUCUGCCCUCUCCACUGAAACAGAAAGGCCUAGCAAUAUGGCAGAAGAAGUGGGAAACAUUUCUCUCUGAGAACACACAGUGGGAAUACUGAACAGAUGACGGAAGGACCAAAGCCAUUAUACUUUUUUUAUUCACUUAUGAGUUUAGUAAAACAAAUAUAGAACUUGAACAUCAAGAGACAGACUGUCAUUUACAUACUUUUUAACAUCCACAUUUUUUGUGGCAGCAAACUUAUACAACCACUUUGACUCACGUCGUUUAACAGCAUUAUUUAACUCGCAGUUGAGGUUAAUGUUCCAGUUUUGUGAAAAAAUAAAAAUAAGCCUGUUCAUCCUA